AUGACCUUCUGCGAACGUUUCAUGCAUGAAGAGUGUAAAAAGUUUUACUACUGUGAACCAGACAUGUCCUUCAUGGAAGGCCUUAAUCCCAUUUCAGAUGAUGUGGAAUAUUCUGCUUUUAUUUUUGAUGCUUAUGGAACAAAUGGUGUAAUUUCGGUUUAUGUGGAUCAUAUUGGGGUUGGUGUUGAUGGGUGGCAUGAUGAUGAAGAUAAUGAUGAUGAUGAACAUGAGUCUUGUAUUGAUGGUGAAAAUGAAGACAACAUAGAUGAACUUAGAAAUGUUGCCUUUGAAUUUAAUGAGGAUGUAGUGCAUAUGAAUAGGACAUCAAAUGAUCCUUUCUUGAGUAAGCUAUGUGUUGAUGAUGAGGAUGCAAACAACAUUGUAGAUGAUGACAAUGGGAGAGAAGUUGAAGUUAACAUACAAGCUCAUUCCAUAUUUAAUGAGCUAUUACACUGGAAAAAACAAAAACCAAUUCUAGGGAUGAGAUUUAAGGGUCCAGGGCAAGUAAAAUCAAUGUUGUGUGUUUGUAAGGGAGAAUUGCUUUGUGCUAUUGGGAGGGAUGCAAAUGACAAGAUAUAUCCUAUUGCUUGGGCAGUGGUUAAUGUGGAGAACAAGCAGAAUUGGAAGUGGUUUCUAGAGCUUCUCAUUGAUGAUCUACACUUGAAUUUAGGCAAUGGUUUCAGUUUAAUGUCAGACCAACAUAAGGGUUUGAUAGAGGCUGUUAAAGAGUUGCUGCCAUAUGUAGAGCACAGGCAGUGUGCUAGACAUAUUUUCCAGAAUUUGCAGAAGAGAUUUACUGGUGCCAUAUAUCAUACCUUGUUUUGGAGAGCAUCUAAAGCCACAACUGAGCAUGCUUUUAAAGUUGUGAUGAAAGAAAUUGAGACAUUGAACCCAGAAGCCCAUCAAUAUCUCAUGGAGAAAGAUCCUAAAACAUGGUCUAGAGCUUUCUUUCAAACUGGAAGGUGUUGUGAUGCAGUUGAAAAUGGGUUCUCAGAAAGUUUUAAUGCUGUAAUAGUAGAUGCUAGGAAGAAACCCAUAAUAACCAUGUUAGAGGAGAUAAGAUUAUACAUGAUGGACAGAAUCUACAACAUGAAAUUAAAGGGACAACAAUGGGGAAAUCAUAUUUGUCCAGAGAUAAGGGAUAAGGUGAAUUUUCUUAAAAAGCUCAAAGGCAUUAUCAGGUUGUGGCAAUUGAAUGGAUAUGGAUGUGCUCAUUCUGUAGCUAGCAUAUCCUUUCUUAAUAGGGAUGUAGAAGCCUAUGUAGACAACAUGUUUAGCACAACCACAUUUAGAAAGGCAUACAAUUACAGAAUUGCUCCCAUGAAUAGCAGUGACAUGUGGCAAGAGACAAACUAUACUCCACCAUUGUCUCCUAUUAAUAGAAGGAUGCCUGGUAGGCCAACUACUAAGAGGAAGAAAUCCACUACAGAGAAUAUAGGAACACACAGGGUUUCUAAGGCUGGAAAGAAAAUCAAAUGUAGUAUUUGCAAGGAGAUAGGUCACAACAAGGCCACUUGUCCACAGAGAAGGCCCCAAAAGGUAGUACAAGUGAACCACAAACAUGAAGAGGUUGAAAUGACUCCAAUUGAGAUGGAUACUACUCAAAAUGAUAUGCAAGUUGCUCCUACUGAUGUUGAAUCUAGUAGUGCAGGGGAUUUUAUUCAAUAUGUGCAAUUCACUCCACCUAGAAGUUAUGAAGGUGAUGAGGGUGUUAUGGGUGAGGAAGCUGAUGUGGUUGAGGAAGCUGUUGUGGUUGAGCAAGUUGUUCAAGAUGAGGAGGCUGAGGAGGUUGAUCCUGUUAUACAAGUUGAUAAUGUAAAUGUUCAGGAGGUUGAUGAGGUUAAUCAUAAUGCCCAAGUGGAUAAUGGUAAUGUUCAGGAGGUUGCUCCUGUUAACCAAGUUCAGCAGGUUUGUGUUAGGCCAAUUUCAGAUAUUUUGAAGAGGAUAAGGAGAAGAAAGUCAGAGAGAAUACUAAAGCUGAAAUUAGGCAAAACAAUUGGUGGUGUUGAUGAUCCAGGAAAUUCGAAGGGAAAAGCUCUUGUAAUUGAUUAG